CGUUGAAAUCGAUGAUGAUUAUGAUCAUGAUGAUGUUUGUGAUUUAAAUAAAUUUAGUGAUAAUAACAAUGGUGACGGAAAAUAUCUCAAAGUAAUGAAUUCAUUCUGUAAUAAUAAUAAUAAUAAUGAUAUUUCAAAACAAAAAAGACAACAAAAUUUACACAAUUCUUCUAGUCAUCAACAAAGUGAUGAUGAAACUAAUAGAAAAUUAAAUAAAUUAUCUCAAUCACCAUCUUCACAGUCAUCAUUAACAUCAAAUGGACAUGGAAUAUUAUCAUCAUCAACUGAAUUGUCUAUUGUUGAUUUAAUGAAUGAAAAAAAUGUAUUAAAUAAUAAUCAGAAUUCAUUAAAUGGUCAUAAUUAUUACUCAUCACCAUCACCAUCAUCACCACGAUCACAAUCAUCAUCACCAUACUGUGAUUCAUAUGAUCCUUUAUCAAUGAAAUCGAAACAUCAAACAUCUCAUCAUCAUCAUCAUCAUCAUCAUUUAAUUCAUGAUAAUAAUGGUCUGACCAAUACGAAUAAACUAGCGCCAUCUUCACCGUCUUCAGUGAAUAAAACAUCUUUAAUUGAUUCAAAUGGUUCAUCAUCAUCAUCAUCAUCUUUAACGACAACACCAACGGCAUCAGCUGCCGCUGCUGCUGCAGCAUAUCAUUUUUCCAAUAUGUUUCGUAAACCAAAACGUAUACGUACCGCAUUUUCACCUGGACAAUUAUUACGUUUAGAGGAGAUAUUUGAAAAAAAUCGUUAUGUUGUUGGAUGUGAACGUAAACAACUUGCACGUGAUCUCAAUCUUUCUGAAACACAAAUAAAAGUUUGGUUCCAGAAUCGUCGUACAAAACAUAAACGUGAAAAACAUAUUGUCAAUAGUAAUAAUGUUGUAAAUAUAAAUCAUGGUAAUGGGAAUCAUCAUCAUCAUCAUCAUCAAACACAUGGUCUAUUUUCAUCAUCACCGUCAUCAUCAUUCCGGCAUCAUCAUCAUCAUCAAAUUCAUCCACAUUUGACCAAUGAUGAAUUAUUGGCAACAAAAAAAUUAUUCAUCGGAUCAACUUCAACAUCAUUAUCAUCGCCAUCAUUUCGAUCAUCAUCAUCAUCUUCAUCGUCAUCUUCAUCAUCAUCAGUUAAUUCAUUUGUAUCAAAUCUAAUAUCACAAUCAUCAUCACCAACAAUCAUAUCAAACAACAACAACAACAACAACAAAAAUAAUAGAAAUGUUUUCAAUAAUUACAAAAAUUCAUCAUCGAAUACAUCACCUGAGCAGCAACGAAGUACAUUAUUGGCUAAAUGAGAAUAAUUCCCCCAUCUAUCUAAUUCAUUUUGUUAAAUUAUUUAUCGCGUGUUUCAAUUAUUUUUUUUAUUGAUUUUUGCGA